AUGGCGUCCUCUGAGAUGUCACCUCUGUCCAUCCGUCACAGGACCUGGACAGUCCUACCGGAUCCCAGCGUGAUGGUGCAGGAGGUUUUGUUGGGCGUAGGAGAGCAAGUUGGACAUGACAAUCUACUCUUUGCUUCCAGGAUGAACAAGGCUGUGGUGGUGUUUUUGAAGGCGGUGCAUUGUACAGAUGUGCUGAAUGUUUGCUUCCUGUGGCUCUUGCUGGUUGUCCUCGCCCCGCUGUGCUUACUGCCCUGUCCAGCCCAGGGAGCCAGGUUCCGGGUUGGCGUGGUGGGCCCCUGGGGGUGCGACCCUCUUUUCGCCAAGGCGCUGCCCAGCGUAGCGGCCCAGUUGGCAGUCAAUCGCAUCAACAAGGAUCCCUCGCUCUCCAACGGCGUCACUUUUGAUUAUGUUGUGCUGCAGGAACCGUGUCAGACCUCCAGGGCUUUGGAGAGCUUCCUGGGGUUCCACACCAGGGCCUCCGGCUUCAUCGGCCCUGCCAAUCCCGGCUACUGUGAAGCUGCAUCACUACUGAGCAAAGGCUGGAACAAGGCAGUGUUUUCCUGGAACUGUGUGGGCCAUGACCUGGAUGAUGUUCGAAGCCACCCGACCUUCGCCCGCACCAUGCCCCGGCCCACCUGGGUGCUGCUGAAGAUGAUGCACCACUUCAGGUGGGCUCACGUCGGCAUCAUCGCCUCCUCCGACGACGUCUGGGUGGAGACGGCCACCAAGUUGGCCAACGUACUGAGGAGUCAUGGUAUGCCGGUGAGGCUGGUUGUUAUCAUGGAAAACACUCCUCAUGGCAUCAGGAGGACCUUGGCCAAGGUCCGCAAGCUGGGAGACAUGCGAAUGGUGAUCCUCUGCAUGCACUCUGUGCUGAUCGGCGGGGGGCUGCAGAAGCUCCUCCUGGAGACGGCCUACGACAUGCGAAUGAUCGACGGGUCGCUGGUCUUCGUGCCGUACGACGCCCUGCUCUACAGCCUGCCGCACCGCAACGUGAGCUACGCGGCCCUGAGGGCGAACAGCAAGCUGCUGAGGGCGUACGACGCCGUGCUGACGGUCACCAUGGAUUCCCCCGACAUGUCGCCCUAUGAGGCGUACGGCGAGGCCAUGGAGAGGGGAGAGGUGGCGAGGAACAUAAAGCCACAGCAGGUCUCUCCUCUAUUUGGGACCAUCUACAGUUCAGUUCUCUUCAUGGCCCAUGCGGUCCACAGCGUCAGGGAGGCCGGGGAGUGGCUGUCUGGGGGCAACCUGGCCAGACACACGAAGAACCUCGACUUUCGGGGCCUCAGCCACCCGAUCAAGACCAACUGCUGCGGAGUCGCUAUGGUUGAUUACCUGAUACUGGACACAGAUGGACUCUCCUGGGAGUUGAAGCCUACCUACAGGAUUGAAAUGGAGGCCAACAUGAUACGCUUCCUGGGUAGAGAUAUCCACUUCCCACGCGGCUACGGCCCCAGGAAGGACGCCUCCUGCUGGUUCACCAGUGGAGUCAUCUGCUCUGGAGGUGUGGAUCUGUUCUCGGCGGUUAGCGUGCUGCUCAGCGGGAUCAUGUUCUCCACGUGUGCUGCGCUUCUCACUUACUGCCUCAGGCGACGUAUCAGUCAAAUCCGAAUGGUCAAGGGUCCCAAUCAGAUCCUGCUGACUCUGGCUGACGUCACAUUCAUCAACCCGUCGCUUAGCAACAAGAAGCUGAGUAUGGAUGACAGCAGGGCCAGCGACGUCAAGAGGAGCUUCUCAGCUCAAAGUAGCACUUCUGUUCUCUCCAGCCAAUCUCCCGCCACCCUGGAGAACUCCAACGUUGUGAUUUACGAGGGAGACUGGGCCUGGCUAAAGAGACUCCCGUACGGCACCUUCAGGAGCAUCAACCCCAAAACCAGUGACAUAUUUGAACUGAUGAAGGACAUGCGUCAUGAGAACGUUAACCCGUUCCUGGGCUUCUUCCACGACUGCGGGGUGUUGGCCAUGGUGACAGAGUUCUGCUCCCGGGGCAGUAUGGAGGACCUGCUGCUCAAUGAGGAUGUCAAACUGGACUGGAUGUUCAAGUCGUCCCUGCUGCUGGAUCUGAUCAAGGGUAUGAAGUACCUGCACCACAGGGGAAUCUGCCAUGGUCGUCUGAAAUCUAGGAAUUGCGUGGUGGACGGGCGCUUCGUCCUGAAGAUAACCGACUAUGGCUACAAUGAGGUUAUGGAGGCACAGCGGUUCCCCUACCCCGAUUCUCCUGCAGACGAACUGUUGUGGACGGCCCCUGAGAUCCUGAGGACUGGACACCUGGGUCUUCACAACACCGUCCAUGGUGAUGUGUACAGUUUCUCCAUCAUCAUGCAGGAAGUGGUGGUGAGGGGACCGCCCUUCUGCAUGAUGGACCUCUCCGCCACAGAGUUGAUUGAGAAGAUCUGCAAGCCUCCUCCGCUGUGUCGCCCUGCCGUCAGUGCGGACUGCGCUCCCAUGGAAUGCAUCCACUUGAUGAAACAGUGCUGGAACGAACAGCCGGAGAAGAGGCCCAGCUUUGACGAGAUCUUCGACCAGUUUAAGAACAUCAACAAGGGGAAGAAGACCAACAUCAUCGACUCCAUGCUGAGGAUGCUGGAGCAGUAUUCCUCCAACCUGGAGGAGCUGAUCCGAGAGAGGACGGAGGAGCUGGAAAUUGAAAAACAGAAGACCGAGAAGCUACUGACGCAGAUGCUGCCCCCGUCUGUAGCAGAGGCUUUGAAGGUGGGCUGUACGGUGGAACCAGAGUACUUCGACAGUGUCACUCUCUACUUCAGUGACAUUGUGGGUUUCACAACCAUCUCAGCCAACAGUGAGCCCAUUGAAGUGGUGGACCUGCUCAACGACCUCUACACACUGUUCGACGCCAUCAUAGGAAACCAUGAUGUCUACAAGGUGGAGACCAUUGGCGAUGCCUACAUGGUAGCAUCAGGCGUUCCCGUUUUGAAUGGCGACCGCCACACUGCUGAGAUAGCUAACAUGGCGUUGGACAUCCUGAGCGCCGUGGGCAGCUUCAAAAUGAGACACAUGCUCGAUGUCCCUGUUAGGAUACGCAUAGGAUUACACACAGGUCCGUGUGUCGCAGGAGUGGUGGGUCUCAGCAUGCCCCGCUACUGUUUGUUCGGGAACACCGUCAAUACCGCCUCUCGUAUGGAGUCCUCAGGAAUGCCCUACAGGAUCCAUGUCCACGAGAGUACAGUUAAGAUCCUGCUGGACCUGAAACUGGGCUAUAAGUUCGAGCUGAGAGGAAGGACAGAGCUCAAGGGUAAAGGAAUAGAGGAAACUUUCUGGCUGGUCGGGAGAGAUGGAUUCACCAAACCUCUGCCUGUACCACCAGAACUCAAGUCAGGGCAGAUGGCUCAAAAGCUGCAGAUGGCCGAGAUAGCCCAGUCCAAGAAACAGAAAGCCGAGAAAGAGAAACAGCUACAAAAACUUGCAAAGAAGAAUAACCAAGGACUCCAGAAGGCGGUGAAGAAGAUCUCUCACCUUCAUGUCGUGGCCCAGACAAGCAUGACCAAUGAAGGCAACAUCAUGAUGUCACACCACUGA